AAUCACCAACAGCGACGGCGAAAGGUUCUUCUUCUUAACCAGAAGUAGAGAUUUCUUCUUCUUCUUCUUCUUCUUCUCUUAAUUCUUCUUCUCUUCUGAUUUCUUCUUGCUUCAACUAGUUCUUCUUCUUCUUUACAAAGAGCUUGAUAUACCAGCUUUGCAAGGGUGUUGUUUUCUGCCACUGUCAUCGAAUUUUGCACAGAUGGAGGGUGGGUUUGCUGAAGAACUUUAUGAUGAAAGUUUACAACUGUCAAAAUUAAAACUAAGACCAACCAGUGCCGAGGAUCAAGAAAAUAAGUUAAACGAUUGUGAUGGUGAUGAUUUGAGCCUUGAUGGUUUUGAUGACAAGUUGGAUAACUCAUCAGAUUUGGACAGGGAGUGGCAGAGGAGGCAUGACCAAUUCCAUACGAUUGGGUAUCGAGAUGGUCUCAUAGCAGGGAAGGAAGCUUCUUCACAGGAGGGGUUCAAUAUUGGUUUUAAACAAUCAGUUCAUGCUGGUUAUAGCUGGGGUGUUGUAAGAGGUGUUGCCAGUGCUUUUGCUUAUCUUCCAGAUCAGUUAAAAGAGAGGUUGGUUGAAACAAUAGAAAAAAGAAACGAAUUCCAAGGUCUGCAUGAAUCAGUGCAUUCUUUGUCAACAACAGAUGCCCUUAGGUUGUUUAAUGAAGACAUCAAAGCAAAAGAAGCUUUGGAACAGAGUGAACUCGUAGAGGUAGAGGUUAGCCCCCAUACAGCACGUUUGCAGGAGCAAACUUCACAUGGCUCUCAGCUGAGAAAUUUUCGUGCACAACUUGAAUCUCUGAUUCGUGGUUCUCCUGCUAUUGACAUUCAUUUGCCUGAACGGAAAUAGGUGGUGAUCUACUUGUGUGUAAAACAGUUUAGCCUAAAACGAUAAGAGCUUCCCAGCUUCCUGUGGUAAAUAUCUUCCAUGUGCAUGAUUGCAAACAAAACAAAUGAUGUAAUUGAGUUUAACUAAACUAUUUUAGGUAAUGAGAACUAUUUAUAGUUUUAUUUGGUGUUACUUUACCUUUUUCUUGGCCUUAGUUGUAAUCGUAUGCUAGGCAAUUAAACAAAAUGGUAGGAGCAGAAUUUGUCUUGUUAGCUCUUUCUUUU